GACCUCACGUCCAACCUCACCCGCGCGCUGUGCACCCCGCCCUACCCCGACUGCCCCAUCUGCUUCAACGCGAUCGUCCCCGCCCAGCCGACCUGGUCCUGCUCUCCUGCCUUCGUCCCGCACGACCCUGACGCCGCGCCCCCCGCCGGCCACGAGCACGAGCACGAGCAGGAGCGCGUGCAGUGCUGCUGGACGACCUUCCACCUCAAGUGCGUCCGCUCGUGGGCUGCGAAGAGCGUCAAGGACAUCGAGGAUGCCUGGCGUGCGCGCGGCGAGAGCGGCAGGAAGGGUGACUGGCGCUGCCCCGGAUGCCAGUUCAAGCGCGAGACUGUCCCGCAUUGCUACUGGUGCUUCUGCGGCUCCACCCAGGACCCAAAGCCCCCGCGCCUCUCGACGCCUCACUCCUGCGCGAGCCCCUGCUCGCGCCCGCGCGCGUGCGGGCACCCCUGCGCACUCGCGUGCCAUCCGGGCCCGUGCCCGCCCUGCCAGGUGACGACGCAGCGCCCGUGCCAUUGCGGCAAGCAGACGGUCUCCUUCCGGUGCUCACACACGUCCCCGUCCCUGUCUUCGACCGCCGACGCCGCGCGAGCGGACCUCUCCUGCGGCCGCGCGUGCGAAAAGCGGCUCGCCUGCGGGAACCACGUCUGUGCAGAGCCGUGCCAUCCCGGCGCAUGUCCGCCGUGCGCAGUGACCGAGGCGGCGCGGUGCUGGUGUGGGAAGGUGGAGAAGAGGCUUGCGUGCGGGGAGGGAGAGAAGAAGGCGUGCGCGGUGGUGCGCGGAGACGGCGAGGAGGAGGAGGAGCAGUGGGUCGGGUCUUUUGAUUGCGGCAAUUCAUGCGAUCGACCCUUCGCCUGCGCCGUUCAUCAGUGCACCCAGCCCUGCCAUCCCCCCUCCCGCAUCCCUCCCCCCUGCCCCCUCUCCCCAGCCCUCACAACCCACUGCCCCUGCGGUAAACACCCCCUCCACCCCACCUCUGCGCCCUUCUUCCCCCCCUCUCUCCCCGCAGCCCGCCUCCUCCGCGCAGCCUGCACCGACCCCGUCCCGACCUGCACAUCCCUCUGCCUCAAGCCCCUCGCGGGCUGCACACACGCGUGCGCCGCGCGCUGCCACCCCGGCCCGUGCCCCCCGUGCUCCAUCCCGCUCGUGCGCCCGUGCAGGUGCGGCGCGACGACGCGCAAUGUCCCGUGCAGCGCCGUCGGCAGCACCGCGCCCGCACCAGAGAUCCUGUGCGACAGGCCCUGCGGCGCGCUGCGCAUGUGCGGGCGCCACCAGUGCACGCGCGUGUGCUGCCCCCUCGCGGCGCUCGCGGGCACGGGCGCCGCCAAGGGCAAGAGCCGCAAGCGCGGCGGCGGCGGGGCGGCGGGGCCGCAGGACAUCGUGGACGAGGCGGGCUGGCAUGAGUGCGACCUCGUGUGCGGGAAGCCGCUCGCGUGCGGGAACCACCGCUGCGAGGAGCGGGACCACAAGGGCCCGUGCCCGUCCUGUCUGCGGAGCUCGUUCGAAGAGAUGAUCUGCCACUGCGGCCUCACGAUCCUCGACCCCCCGAUCCCGUGCGGCACGCGCCUGCGCUGCCCGCACCCGUGCGCGCGGCCGCCGCCUGCGUGCGGGCACCCGCGCUCGCCGCACGCGUGCCACGCGGACGACGCGGGCGGGUGCCCGCCGUGCCCGUUCCUGACGACGAAGCUGUGCGCGUGCGGGAAGCGUCGCGUGGACAACGUGCGGUGCGCACAGGCGCGCGAGCGCGUCGGCUGCGGCGGCGCGUGCGGGCGUUUGUUGGGCUGCGGGUUCCAUGUGUGCGAGCGGCUGUGCCAUGGCGGCGAGUGCGGGCCGUGUGCGCAGGUGUGCGGGAAGCCGCGCAAGCUGUGCGCGCCCGCGCACCAUCCCUGCACGCAGCCGUGCCAUGCGCCGUCGACGUGUCAGGAGACCGAGCCGUGCCGCGCGAUCGUGACCGUUGCGUGCCCGUGCGGGCGUAUCCAGCAGCCCGUGGCGUGCGGGCGCUGCGCUGCAAACGCCGCGGGGCGCGAGGCGAGCCCGCAGCUGCAGCUCCGGUGCACGAACGAAUGCGCGGUCGCGAAGCGCAAUGCGCGGCUCGCGGAGGCACUUGGGAUCGUGCCCGAGGCGAAGGAUCGCGCGGGCGCCGGCGGGAGUGGGGGUGGAGGGAGUGGUGGGGGGAGCGGUGGUGGGAUUGGGGAGCGGCAGAUUGUGUAUGGCGAGGAGUUGGUCGCGUUUGCGCGCGUUGGUGCCAAUGGGAAGUUUGUGGCGCUGGUCGAGAAGACGCUCGCGGAGUUCGUCGCGGCGGAUAAGAAAGUCCAGGUUCUCCCGCGCAUGCCUCCUGACCGCAGGAAAUUCGUCCGUGACCUCGCAGCCGUCUAUCGUAUGGACACGCAGAUGGUCGACCAAGAACCCAACCGCAGCGUGCAGCUCAUCCGCCGCCUUGACACGCGCCUCCCAAGCCCCCUCCUC